GACAAUGCCUGCCAUGCCAUGACAGCAAGCGUCACGUCAAAUGCGAAAUAAGCAUCCAUUUCGUCUGAAAAUAAAUAAUUUCUUGGAAAUUGAUGGAUGGAUAGAUUCUGACAUACAAUUUAGUAAAAGAAACAAUAUUUUCUGAUAUAGGUCCAACAUAAUAAGCAUUCUGGAUUCCCAAAAGAGGACUUAUUUGGACAUCUACAAGAUGGAUUUGGCGGAGACAAUGAAGAGUGUUUUAGCAAAGAGUACUGGAGGCUCGAGUAGCGCGGCUGCUAGCUCCAGUACGGCGACUCCUCACGGAGCCGAGGGCUAUGUCACCGAGAAACUGUACAUGUUACUGCAGCUUUAUCUACAGAACAAGGGCUGGAGUCCUAGUAUAGAGCUUCUCCAGUGCUUCAGUGAUUUGAAAGAGUCUUCCAUGCUUCCUAGUGCAGCCUAUUUGCAAAUGAUGGCAUCCAGGGUGGGUUUGGACACACAGGGCAGACUAAUUUUGCGUGAGAAUGGCAAGAUAAUUUUACCUUAUGAGCACUUUGCCAAUGCUGUGAUGCUGAAACACAUGAACGGUCCCCAUGGACUGCAUCUGGGGCUAGAGGCUACAGUUAGAGCAGUUGUAGAAUCCUACACCAUAGGCAGAGAACAGUUUGGCAUGGAGAAGGAGUUUAUUGUGGAGGUGGUGCAAAACUGCCCGAACCCCGCUUGCCGCUACUACAAGAACCAGUUGGAAAUGACGCAGAAGACCAUUCAGCAGCAUCUGUCGCAGCAGCCCACAUAUAUCCCUGACUCCGCCAGCAGCGGACUGUCGGAGAGCGGCGCGGUGGAGCGGCUGCUGCGCGGGUCGCUGCCGCCCGACUACCAGCUGCCGCACCUCGCCGCUCUCAGUGAGUUACUAUCGAGCUUAACAUCAGACAAAUCAGACCGGCGCGCGCAAGAGAAGCUCUCGCAACACCAACAGAUGCUGCUACAUCAGAACCGGUCACUGAGCCACCAGUCUUUGGACAAGUACAGCCACUCCCAGAGGUCUUCCAGCUCCUCGCAGUCCAACCUCGAGACCAAGUCCAAACAUCACUAUUCAGAUGAGCAUAAGCUUACGGACUUUUUGAGAGCGAACCUGGAGAGCCUGGAGUCGCUGAGCGGCGGCGGCGGCGGCGGCGCGGCGGCGAGCGGCGCGGCGGGCGGCGGUCAGGAGCGCGUGGUGCGCGCGUUCGCGGAGCUGGCGCGCAACCUGCAGCGCAUGCGGCCCUGCGUGCGCCCCGCCAUGUGCAAGCCCUACGGCAAGCAGAGCGAGCAGCUGCAGAAGAUUCUUCUGGACACGAUCCAGCUGGUGCAGUCGCUGAGGAGCUACCUGCCGCCGCCGCACAUCCAGGUCACCUCCUGGAAGAACGACGACAAACUGCGCUCCAACAACAUGGAUGAUCUGGAGAGCCGCAAGAUAGUGAGCGGCAACUAGCCCGCUGAUUGGUGCGACUGAGCGGUUUCAUAUCAACCCGUAUUUUAUGUAAGCUGAUUUAUAACUGCUUUCCGAAUAUGAUUUCAAAUUUCUGUUUUUAUUUCAUUCUACGCGGCAAACAUACGUUUUUUAAAUCCGUGUUUAUGUUUUUAGUAGCUGGCUCUACGAUUUGUCUAUUAACCGUCUUACUUACAUAGUAAGUUUCUCUUAAAAUGCAUUUUAGAUGAAAUAUAUUUCAUCUUUCAAGCUCUAAUAUUUGAAAGAGAAGCCUCUUUCAAAUAUUAGGGACAAAACAGGUGUUGAGCGUUCGUUAUCUAUUUAUGAAUUUAGGAAGGAAAUGAUUCUAAAAAUAAUAUGAAGGAUUUAGUUCUAAUUUUUUUUAUAGGUGUUAGUUUGUUUAUGUAUUACAUAUUGAAACCGCGUUUGGAAGGGAUUUGACAUUUGUUGUUUUAGGAUACGUAAUGUAUAUUGUGUAACUAUGUUCACACAAUUGUGUAUGAGUGUAUUUUGUAAGUUAUUACUUAUUAUAUACUUAGUUACUUUAAGUAUUUUUUAUAUAUUUAGCACAAAAUGGGUUGCAAUAUUUCUUUGAUUUACACUUCGUUUGUUGACAUUUAAUGCGUUACUUUUAUCCUAAUUGUAAUCGUCUUUAUGUAUGAUACGCUGAUCUGUUUUGCUUUCAAUAUGUUUAAAUAGUAUUUGAUAAGAUUUUGCAGUUCAUACAAUUUGGUUGUAUUAAAGUUUAAUCUCAGUUAUUGUCGUAAGUGCAUUAUUUACACUGUGAUAGAGGUGUAAUAGGUAUAGGAGCGAAGUCUUGACAUGAAUGUAACAUAGAAAUAAAUUAUUUGGUAGGAUUGGGCUACGUGUGGCGUUUCAGUGAAUACAAUAAAAAUGUAAUCCCGAAAUUGAAAUAGAAAAGAUGGAAAUAUAUAUUACAUAAGAUUGUACCUUCUCAAUGAUCUCUGACUCGAUGAAGAUCUGAAUCAUUUAAGACUAUAUUUUACGAACACUAAAUUUGAGUAAGACAGAGAUUGAUUGUUCCGAUGGUUUCACGAUCAGAUCGCCCAAAGUGCUUGUAUUGCUAAUACAAGCAGUUUGGGCGAUCUGACCGUGUCUGCACCUCACUUCGUACUCAUCUAUUCCACCAAACAGUAGCGCUUGCAUUGUUGUGUUACGUAUAGAAGCUGUGUGAGAGCCAGUGCCAGUCGCUCAACUAUACCCAUCCCCGCUACUGUUUACAAUUGUAUUCACUGAUACAGCAAGCAUCGAGACAGCGCAAUAAAAAUAUUUCGAUCGCCAUGUCUUGUCUCGUGAAUAGUAGGGAGUUAGUAUCUUAUUGAAGACUGCAAUUUUUUCACAUUGUAUUAGCUAGUGCUGCCUGUGUAUUAAGUAAGGUUCGGUAAGUUGUAAUGUGAACUGUGCACUGAGAGAAGGCAUUGGGAAUGUGUAAUAUUUCAACAUGUUUCGUAUGCAUGAAUUGUUUUUAUUUUAUGUUAUAAUUACAACAUAUAUGUUAAAAAUUAGGCAUUAAAAUCGGUAUAAAAUGAGGCAGAAAUUAAGAUAAGAUAGUAAAUUAAUAUCUCAGUGUGCAGUAGAAUGAUCGAAGGAGUAUUGAGCAUUAUUGUAUUGUCUAUAGCCUGAAUACUACUGAUGAUAAUAAAUUGUGUCGCUAAAAUAUUAUGAAAGUAAACUAAUUGUCUUGCAAAUGUGUGUUACAAACCUUGGGUUCUUGUACAUUUUAUGUUUUGAAAGAAUAAUUCAAGUUAGUCUACUUUAAAGACAUUCUAUAUUCGAUUUUAUUCAAAGUACUGGUAUUGAAUCUUUACGUAAUUGACACAGUGAAACAGUGUGGUGUUCAAAGUAUUGGUCUGUCAAAUAAAUUUUUAAAUCUUUAUUACCUACUUAUGAAAUGUAAUUCUAGUACUUUGUGCACACACGUAAUUAUACUAUAGAGCAUGAAAGUUAUUUAUUUUGUUCAUGUAUCAAACUCAGAAAUACAUUUUUGUUUCACAUUGCCGAAGAUGUUUUCCCAAUAUCUUAUCGUAAUGUAACGCGACAGUACUAAUAUAUUAUCAUUUGAAGUAUGAGCGAUAUAUAACGUGUAGCUAUUGACUUCCAAACAUCACACUAUUGUGAAAGAAACUACAUAAGUAUGAUAGUGCAAUAAUAUUAGGCAAAGCCUACUUUAAAAUUAAAGUUUUGUAUCUUAGUGGUGUAAUUCUAAAUUAUGAUUUUUAAAAAUAUAUAAAUAAUCGCAUUGCGUUCAAGGUUGUAGUAGGAUGCUUAGUUGAGUUGUCAAUCGGUUGGAUUGUUGUGAGCAUAACUAAUGUUGUGAACUAAUGAAGUAAAGUUUCGAAAUGCUCAGAAGGCCUGUAAAGGUUUUGUGUAUUCCAAAUUGACACACUUAAAUCUCAAUAUAAGAAGUGUUUUGAACAGGUUUUCAAUAUACUUAUUGACUUUUAUAGCCUUCAGUAGGCAUUUAUCUCUUCCUAUUAUUUUAAGAUAUAUUUUUUGUUUAUAAGAUCCAAAAAUAUUAUACAUAUUUUUGUGUUAGACUAUUUUCUAAUCGAGCAGCUUUUAAUGAAAUGUUUAGUACAUUAUAUGUAUUAGUUAAGAAAUGUAUGUGGGAAGUAUCUAAUCAAAAGUAUAUAAUCUCUCCGUCGUCGGUACAUCCAAAUAUUAUAACGAGGCUAUUACCACUUCAUCAAAUAUAACAAUGACAAUGCACCUAGUGUUAAGUUGUUACAUCAUGUCUCGGUAAAGUAUUAUAACCUAAAAAACUAUCUGUAUUAGAUUAAGCUUUCUAGUCAAAAAUGGCUUUGCUAUGACUUUUUUAUUAUUUGGAAUAAGUAUUGGACCUUGGUAAAAUAUUAUUGUUUUCUUUUGUUUCGGCGAUUCUCAGUCAGUUUAUGACGUAUAGUUUUUCUUUCAUAUUGCACUUUUUGAUGUUAGAGCUGCUGCGGCGCAAAUACACGUUCGCAAUUUUUUUAGCUGAUCUUAAAAAAUAUUUGAAUUAAAAUAGCAAUUAUUACAAAUACAACAAAUGAAGCAGCGCAUAACAAUAGACCCAACGUUGGGUAUAAUUUCACCAGGUUCGGUGCAGGGUGUAGGAAAUAAAGGAGUUACUUGGCACGUGCGUCUAAAAUGAUCUCAGUGAUUUUGAUACUGAUGUUUCAAUAGUCUACGUUUCUGUCUAGCCUCGAAUGAAAACUUAUAUUAAAAAGGUAGAUUUCACCAUUCAGUGUCACACAUGUUAGUUAUUUAUUAUUAUUUUCUGUUUAUUGUAAUUAGGAUUAUAUUAAUGACCGUUUUUAUUAGACAUUGAGACUUAUUUGAAACAGUUUGAAACAUUUUCCUUAUUAUUUUUAUAGACUACGUUAUAAGUAAUUGUUGUAACAAAACAAAAAAAAAUAUUAUCAAUUCAAAAUUAUGGAUUGACUUGACAUUUGGACCCUGUGAUAUUUUGUUUCAUUCAUUGCCACUUAUUCUAAAACCCCAAUGGGCAGUAUACUUUAAUGUCAAUUUAUAUUUAUUUUACUUAUUAUAAUUUAGUUUGGCCUUGCCAGUUACUUUGCCGGAAUUAUACAAUUAUUAUUUACUUGUAUUGUGGUGAAUUACUAGCGAAUUGAAAAGCAGUGCUUAGAAAUAAAUCUGAUUCAUUA